CAAAUGCAGUGACCUUAGCUAGUUAAUGUAGUCUGGGAGUUUCAAAACUCGCAGAUUAUGGGGGUUUCUCCGGUUCUGUACUCUCAUACUUGAAGUAUGACAAACCAGAAACUAAAUGAGAGUGUGGUCUGUAAAUUUUGUGAAGGGUACUAUGACUUCGGUAGUGAGCAACCAGUGUGCUCAUCUUGCCAUGCUUUCAUUUAUGAGUUUAGUUUACCACAAAUGACUGAAAAUCGUUUAUUUGAAGAAAAAGAAGCAUCCAAUGACAGUGGAAAUGAAGAACCAGAUAAAGGAUCAGAUUUAUUUGCAGCUGCUUGGAAUUCUCCCACUUCAGAAGUCACUUCACAAGAUCAUGUGCUUGUCAAAUCUCGGCCGUCUAGUGCUCGAAUUUUUCCAGCUACAUGUCCCCUACAACAAUCUCAUGUUACUACAUCCUAUGCAAAUUACCCUGUAAUUGAUUACCUAUCACCUGUUUCCAAUAGGAAGAUCAAAUCUUGUAGUUCAUGCAUGUCUCCGAGCCUUGAGGAUCUUCCAACUGAAAUUUUACUGCGUGUUUUUCUCAUGGUAGAUGACAUAUGUUUGUGGUCUCUACGUCAAGCGUCACCCAGAUGUCGUGCAGUAAUCGAUAGUGAGAUAUCAGAACAACAAUGGGAGUCCUAUGUAUCAUUUCGAUGGCCACUCUUUAAUCCUAAUUGCCGAGUUGAAAGUUGGAGGCUUCUUUAUCUCAAUAUGAUGGAGAGUGUUACUUGUAGAUUUUGUUUAGAACGUUUACGCUUACCAGUUGUAUUCCCAAUCGAAGCUCCAAAAGUUCGAUAUAAACGAAUUAAACAUGAAUUUGAAAACCUAUGUGCUGAUCCACCUUACGGCAUAAAAAUUAUUACUUUAGAUACGGCAACAUAUUCUCACUUUCUGGCUGGAAUCGAAGGUCCACCGCAGUCCCCAUAUCAAGGUGGAUUUUUUCACGUUCUUAUUCUCGUUCCUGAUAGUUAUCCUUUUCGACCACCUGUAAUACGUUUUCUUACACGUAUAUUGCAUCCGAACAUCAGCUUUCAUGGUGAUGUCGGAUUGGAUUCAAUCAGGCAUAACUGGUGUUUAGCAUUGAGUUUAGAGAAGCUUUUAAUUAGUAUUUUAGCCCUUUUAACUGAUCCACAUACACGUGUUUGUAUGGAACCAGUAAUUGGUGCUUUGUAUGAUUGGGAUAAGUAUCAGUUCGAAGAAUUAGCAAAAUUAUGGACGUGGAAAUUCGCUUGUCACGAUUAUUUAUCGGCUGAUUUUGUGUCCGCAAUGGUUCUCCCUGAUUAUAUUGAACAAACUCAUCAACGUCUUAACUGUAAACAAAUAAGAUAGCUGAAGAUGAUUCAUCACGGUUCGAUACGGAUAUAAACGUGGUGUUAUUUCAAAUCAAUAAAGCAUUCAUUUUGUAAUUCUACCAAUACUUUAUGCUCAUUAUGGUUAUCAGUUUUGUUUGCUAUGCAUGCUUAUGUUGUCGUCUUUACAUGGAUGUAAAUAGUGGCAUGUCAUUUGAUCAAAUGGUUAAUAUUCCACUUUUAUAUGUUCACAUUGUAUAAGUUCACUAAAUUGAACAACCCAUUAACAGAUUCAAGGAUAAAAGGUCAUAUUAUUCUCAUGGGAAUAAAUUAUAAUCUGUAAGUUUUAUUUUCGUUUUAUCAUAAAAUGUAUGGUGAUGAGUAAUAAGACUAUUACAUAUGUAGCUUUCUCCUGUAAAGACUUUGUCAUUCAAAAGGAUUAUUUUCCUUGACUGAAGCUGGACAAACCACAACAAGUAAUUGUUUCAUUAUAAAUGUGAAACUUUUCAUAAAUUCCAUGUCCAAUACCCGCUGUUUAUGUUUAAGUUUUUCAAUAUCAAUCUCUUUAUGACAAGAAGCAUCUCGUCUAUUUUACUUUUCAUCGCAAAUACUUCGUUUGAGUGAUUACUUUCAUCAUUUUUUGCAUUUACUAAUUUUUUAGUGUUUGUUAACUUCUAGCUUUUGUGUAUUAUUUAUUUAGUCUUCUAUAGAGAGAACAUGUGGGUAUUUUUUAAAGUAUUUUCGUUUCUCCGAUUUACAGCAUAUAUCAGUGAUAUUCUUAUAUUUGUUAUUCUAAAAGAUGUAUUGAAAUAUUUUUUAAUAAGAAAUUUCUCACGCAUUAUGUGUUGGAUUUCGCUAUUUUUUUGUUUUAUUCUGAUGAGAUCUAACAUAACUACUAAUUGACAUCAUCUUGUACACAAUCACACUCGGAUAUAUUUGCCAUGCUCUUUAUUAAUUCUGUUUCGUUGGUUUAACAAUAUAAAUCUAUCUUUUUUUCUUGAUUUCGUUGAUAUUAUUUUGAACAGCCAAAGAAAUUAUCCCUUAUUAACACCUUCUUUCAAAGGAUGAGAUGAAUACUUUUUACUCACACAAUAUAAAAUUUCAUCAUUUUCAUCUUUAGCUAACUAAUAUAAUAUAAAGCAAUUUCGGUAAGACUAUAAUUUAUUGAUGAACCAAUUAGUAUAAAAUAACAGGACUUGGAUUUUGUCGCGAAAUUCAUUCGUCCAUUUGGCUAAAUAACGUUUUGGCAUUUUAGCUAACGUUGGUUCGUAGUGAAAACUUUAAAUAUAAAUCAUAACCCUAACCAUUGACUGUAAAUUAUAAAUCUGAUUUCUCACAACCCUCAUGUGGUCCUAGUUAGUAGGUGGAUAUCCCCAAGGUCACUUCGGCGUCGUCCAUAAACUAUAUUCUCACCGAAAUUUCUACUACGUAGGCAAGAGCCCUUAAUUAUUUCAUAGGCAUUUG